GCCUUGAAAUGAAAAGUGUGAAAGUUGAGUGAAUCAGAUGAUUCCUUUUGCAUUACUUUAUUGAUUAGUUAACCAAUCAGUCUGUAUAUCUGUGUGUGUCUUGGUGUAAGUUAAGUUAUCGUUAAGAUGUUGUCAGACACAUUGAUUUUCUAAAACCCACAUUUUCGGUAAUUGACAACAUGAAACAGUAAACUGAAUUAGCAUUGUAGUCGUUCUGUUCAACGUUAAUGGAAUGGGGUUCUUUGAGAAAGUAUAUUGAUGAUAAAAUUCUCAUUUGUGACAGAACAUGUCCGGUGAAUGAGCUGUUCAAAUGAUUCAAUGUUUAUCACCCGUCGAAUAAAUUCACUGCAAACGAAGAGUCGAAUUAAGCGUUUCACCCUCUUGAUAUAAUGUUAAAUGGAAGAGAUGAUGGCUCGAUCUGAGAGUCAGUUUAUUGCAAGCCAACUUGGAUUGGGCAGGCAGUUCACUAACUUUAAUAGUUGGGUACCUGUUAGAUGUGAGAGAAAUCUCAUUCACUCACUGUCUUCUAGAAUCUGUGUAGGCUGUUCAGAAGACACGGUUGGUGUUGAUUUUAAAUUCUUGGAAUAAUACUGUUGAACAAUGGAUACCUUAGAAGAUUUGCUGAUAACAACUAAAGGAGGAAAUCAUCCUUCCCCUCAUUACAAUUCCUAAGAAUGUUGUGAUCAUGAAUUUGUAAUUGAAAGGGGACACGACAGCCGAAGUGAAUCAAUAUUACCUUUCAUUUCGCCAGACUGAGCUCAAUGUUCUCGAUCCGUCGUUCGAUUCGAUAAUGUGUAACUAAUAAGCCACCAAUUAUGUCGACAUUUAUGUGAAUCUACGAAUUCCCAUUCUGUUAUGUCGCUGACUGUGUUGGUCAUUGUUACCAUGUCCUCCGAAAAUGAGUUGCUCAUCCUUACCCUGUUCGCGACACUGAAGGCGAGCUUUAUCAGCCUCAUUAGUGCAAAGAUAUUGUAUAUGUUGAGAUAAUAAUUCAGUGCUCUUGGUAUAUAUCCACCGGAGAAAUAUAUGUUCAUGGGGUUGAUGUCAACUUAUGGAGUUAUGGCUACAUUUAGUCAAUGGAUUUGGUUUUGGAAGGCUGGUUUCGAAGUCAGAAAGAGAAUGAAGUCAAAAAUUCCUCAUUUGGUGCUAACAAUUUGUGUCUUAUUUAUGGAGUUUGCAUAGUUGGACUUUCUUUUAUUAAUACAAAGGAAAACAAUGCUGUGCAUUAUCGUCUAACCUUGAGCAAUUUUAUUUGUCACGUCACUGCGAUUCCACUAGGAGCUCUCAUUAUUGUCUUCAUCUCAGAUAAAUGGUUGAUAUUCUCGUUUGGCCGACUAUGUGUUGUUCUUCAGAUGAUUCUGGCAUCCGCUUCGUUUGUACACUUCAACAAAAUCGGUCUUCAAGUUUUGCGUGCUAAAGAUUUCUUCUACAUUAAAAGUUAUGAACCUGGUUAUGAGGAGUUUAAAUGGAGUGCAGUCAGUGAAUGGUUUGUUGUCUUCGGUUGUGUGGAGAUAACAUUUAUAACAGCCAUGGAGCUCCGUGAAUUUGACCGAUCAGAUGUUGUAUGAGCAGGAAAUAUGCGGUUGUGGUAUAAAAUCAUGGGUCGAUGCUGAAAAUAAAAGUCUUCCCGGAGCUGUCUGUCAUUGCUGAAACAGCUUUAAAGUACACUUACCUUCUCACUAAACAUUCGUAAAGGUGAUUUUGAAACUCAGAGGCUUGUAAUUAAACCUUCUUCAUGAAAUUUAUAUAACUAAAAGAUGAGAAUCGUCAGAGUGACCAGCUUUGUGAUCCUUGAUUCUUGGUUCUGGUUACUCAAUUCAACAGCGUAAAUUACAAAUAUGAGAACAACUGUGCAUAAAGUAGCUUGUUUUUCAUUUUCUUUCAAUCUCUUCUCUGAUAGUUCACUGAGUAUACCUUGUAAACACAUCUAUCUCAUCUAUGUGCUGUAUACUGAGUACUCCACUUAUACCGUUACAUUGUACACCCCAUUCAUAUGCUAAAUCUGUGUACGCUAAUGACAUGUCUGUUCUCAAUGAAACACUCAUUUGUCAAUUUAUUCACACUCACUAUGUGCGGUAUUGCAAAACUGCAAUGCAUCAAUCUGCACUCCUAAAAAUCAUGGUGCACAAGUCAACUGGUGUUUUUCAACGAUCUAAAUGCUUUUAACCUUCAUACAGCGAAUUGAAGGUACGCGUUUAUACUUCGAGCGUGGCAACUCACCCCAUAUAUGUUGUUGUAGGAAACAGGAUCGAUUCAUUUCUGAAGAGAACUCAUCGUUGAAUGAAUCCAGAAUGACAUUUUUAGUUGAAGGUUAUUAUGCUUUGCAAAUAAAAAUCUGUGCUUGACUGCUUAACAAAAUUUCGUGGAGCAUCGAGACGGGCUCUACACUAAAUGCAAAAGAUACUCCGUCAAAUAUCACCUACGAUAAUGUCUACACAGCAUAUACGACUGCAGUGUUUAUCAGAAUGUAUAAAUGUACAACAUUUUACAUUCAGAAGAGGCACAUGCAAAUCUGUAGACUAGUUUCCACUGGACAACUUACACCCGAUUGCAAAACAAAUGAGCAAAUCAUUCAUUCAAAUGCCCAAAUAUAGUGUGAUGAACUCAUGAACGCUGAGUCACCUUUACUGAAUUAACACUUAACUAAAACAACAACAAUAAUAAUGAUGAUAAUUCAAUUUUAGAUUGUAAUAUACAAAGAAGUGUGUAAUUAUUGAAGGGAAGAAAGAAGAGUAAAUCAAAAAUAAAACCCAAAGUUUAUAAGCUAUGUUACUACUCUCAUAUGGUUAUUUGGUUAGCAAGGAGGCAGUAUGCGUUAGACAGUUUUAUGAAAGCGAAAGUGACGCUGCUAUCCUCUCUAUUCAAUUGUUGGAUAUCUCUAGUAUACUUCUCUGAGAAUAUUACUCAAAAGAAAAGGAAGCGCCUUCUGUGUCUUCUCUACACAGUAACAUCAAACAUGAGGAAGAAAGAAGUCUAUUCCAUGUGGUGAUGACAAUAAUUGCCAAACAAUACAAAUUUAGCAUCUACUGGAUAAAUAUUGAAUGUGAGACAAAGUAGAUGAACGUUACCCCCCGCCAACAGUUGCGAAUUCACACAGAACACGUGCUUCAUAAUACAAUGUGAGAAAUGCGUAGGUGAAUAGAAUGAUGCAUCAAUCAUCAACAGUAUAUAACUCGAACGAAUAGAAAUAAUAAGGGGUAGUAUGCUCUCAUAUAUAAGUCAUUUCUCGAAAACCAAUACUACCAACUCUUAUAAAUCGUGUGUUUCCACGCAGAAAGAAAAUGUCAACAAUCCUGUCAAUAAUUUAUCCUGAUAUUGUAUUUUCCUUGAAGUUAGUUGGGAAUAGAGUACACAACUAAGAAAAAUAUAUGAACCAGGUGAGAUUUCACACACUUAUUUAAAUAUCUAAUGGAUAUUCACAGAGUUUCACAACGAAUCCAUGUACUUUAGCGUUUGAAUAGUUUGAGGCUUUAACUCAUGACAUAGUUAAUAGGGAAUAUACAAAAUUUCUGUAAGAAAAUGAUUUUGCAACAGCAAAGUAAAUAAUAUUUCAAGAUUCUUAUAGGUUAUUUAGGAGAUUUCAUUCAGCAAAAUUCCUCCUCAAAACAGACAGUUAUAAACACAUGAGAAUAGGUGAAAUACAGAGUUAGAUAUGUAUGUGGUCAAAUUAUUUCAUUAUUGAAAGAAACAGUGUUACGAGUAAAUGAAAAUCCAAUCAAACAGAUGUUUACUUAUGAUGGGAUAGUAAUCAGUCCAAUGUUAUUUGUCUAUUGUCAGAUUAAAUUUUCGACGUCACUUUGUGCAAUUGAAGUUCACUUAGGGAGUUAGUAAAAAACACAAUUUUACCAUCAUAUCGUAAGGCCGAUCGACUUAUAUUUAACAAACGAACGAUAAGUCAGUUACGAGUAUUAUGAAGUAUGGAUAUCUAGCCGGGUGUAUAUGUAUAUGAACGCACUUGCGGAAUUUUGAUUCUUAAUUAUAGUGGUCUAAAACAUUUCGCACAGAAAUAUUUAACAGCAAACUGUUACGUGUUUUAUAACUUUUGUGUAAAAGCUGGUAUAAAGAAUGGCUGUCUCAAGUUGUUCAAGUCGUAGGAAUAAUUAUUGUAUAUCGAAUAAUCAUUAUUUUAAUAAAGUUAUGAAAGACCGUUUCAGUCGUAACUGAAAGUUAAUUUUCGAAACAUUGUCAGUGUCAGCUUCCCAUCAAAAGUGGAUUAAUGCAGUACACCUAAUUUCAAAGUAUCUUGAGUAUAUGUUACCUUUCAACAACACAACCAGAACACGAACGUAUCACAUUUCGAGUCCAAAAUCGAUUAAAUGAUCAGCUAGUGAAGCCUUUAUUUAAUUUCUCUGCGCCGAAGAUAGGAUGAAUAAGGUAUAAAAGAAAAUCACGAAAUUGAUCCUGAUCUAAUCAUAUUUAGUGAAAUAGACUUGUAGUGCACCUUCCUGGUACCAAAAUAUAACUAAGGCUAAAAUAAAUAGAUCUAAUUAAAUUAACCAAAUAAAUCCCUAGCUUGCCUCCGGAUGCUUAGGGUGUUUUAAGUUUUGUUUUAACGAGCAUGCAUCCGUUCAGGCUUGGACGCCAUUUUGCGCUCCAGUGUGCUAAUUACCACACAUGUACUCCGAGUCCCUAGUUCAGCCUUACAAGCCAGAUAAAUUGAUUAAACUUUUCCCCCAUUCAUUAUUAUUACAUUUACUUUGAUUAAAUACAUCGCUGCUUCAAAUACAUUGCUUACCAGUUCUUUUGAUUUGUGUUUUGUUAUCAGUACUUACACGUUAGCUAAAGUACUGGUUAAGCAGGUACUAGAACACAUCAAAUUAAGUAGGGUUGAUCAAACGUUACGGAAUUGUAACACUCACCCCUACAAAUUGGUGAGGUCGAGUAUCACCUUUUACUUUGCCUAGUGCCUUUGCUUUUUCUUGUUUUGAUUUAUCUGGCCUAUUUUCGUUUUUGGCACGGUCUUGAGUUUUUUUCAUUGCACUCCUCACUGGUUAUUUUGCAUUGUAAUUUUUUUAUUAUCAUCAUCGUGCCUCGUUAAUUCCUUUAUCAACGGCUGGUAACUACUCUACCGCGCAGAUGGCCGUAACCCUCCAGCUUCCCACAUUCUGGGCCCACAGACCAUCUGCA